GAAUGCAUGUCGCCACCGUUUCCACUUUCUCUUCAUCAAUGGAGAAGAAAAUGAAGAGAACGUUAUUAGGAAUUCAAAAGAACAAGAAGUGCGCCAAGAAAAACUAGCAUAGAUUCAUCAAGAACGUAGUGGAUUAUCUCAAAGCCGAUUCAUACUUGUUUGCUCCUCUAAUCUCCCCUUCAGGUCCUGAUUUUCGUGCACUGAAGUUUAGUCCUUCUACAACAGGUUUUCAGGAUUGAAAAUAUAAGAACCCAUUACCAGAAGAAAGAAGAAGUUAGCAGGGAUGGUUGAGUAUCUGAAAUCUGAUAAUUACAUGUAUGCAUCCUUGGUUCUCGUCGACCCAUCCGUGCUCCUGCUACUUCAGGUAAAUUACAAUACAUCAGAAGGGUUACUAUGGAUAUCUCAAAAAGGAAAUUGACUACAGAGGAAAUUCAACUACUAUAGUCAGAAAAUUUAAGCUGAGGAUCAGCCCUUUAAGGACAGUUUCCAAGGAAUGAGCACUCCCUAGCAACCAAACUUCAGGGCGUGGAGGAACAGUGAAGCACAUGGUUUACCAAAACCGUCGUUCCUCGUCAGUCUCAGUCAGGUCACGUCUUUACAGAUGAAAUGUCUAUUGUUUCAUUUCUUGAAUAUGGAUAUUCGUAUUUGCAGUCUACAUUGUGAAAUGAUAUCCUAGAGAAGAGCAUCAUGUGGUUGUAUGCCAAUGCUGAUGAUGGUUUCUAACAAAUUCUAUUAAUAACCAUGCCAUUAUUUUUUUCUAGAGAAUUAGGAGAAUACAGAUGCUCACUUACU